CAUAUCUCAAACAACAACAACAACAACCUUGCAGCAUCGGUAUAUGGCCGUGAUACGUUGCCAUCCUGUGCUCUACUAAUUGCCGGUCUCAGGUAUGAAGCUAUGUCACCUUACACUUUGACCUCGUCAACAAGUUCACCACCGAUGAACACGACUAUUCUGGGCCAUUCAUUACCCUCCUUACCGAGCUCUUUCCGAGUUCCGAGAAUUAUCAGGUUGCUCCGCAGUUGAAACGCACCCCUGGGACCCUUGAUUUUACCAUCUUCUACAUUACGAAGCACCGACUCCCCGUCCUUUUUAUCAAAGUCAAGACGCACGUAGCCUACGAUAAAGAAUCAGCGCGCGAGGAGGCGGAUCACCGGAUGCGCGAAGGAUUCCUCGACUUCACCUCUAAUAUUCCUAUACCCACGUUAUAUGGAUUAAGUGCUUUGGGCACGCGGUUCUGUGUCUACAAAUAUACUGUUGCUGAUCGCUCUGUCAUCCCACCACGCAUCCCACCCGGUGUUGCGCCCAAAGAAAGAUGGGAUUUCGAUCUUUUGGAAGCGGAAGGUGAGGCGAGGUUGAAAGGGAUUGUUACCCAUAUCAAAGCGAUGGUCGCCGCUCUUCAGUAGUUUGUUGAGAAAAUGCACUGCUGAUGCAUUUGGAUUUCCCCCUAUGUCGGUUUUUCUUCCUUCUUUUUCUUAACCUGCCGUCAUUUAUGUAUCUUUGUCUGUAUAUUGGAAGUCAG